GACCCUGCCCUGCGAGGAGGCCGCCGGGGCCGCGCCGAGCGAGGGCCGCGAGGGCUCCGAGGGCGCGGACGCGCGUGCGCGCGAGCUGAAGGACCGGCUGGAGCUGGAGCUGCUGCAGCAGGGUGAGGAGCAGUACGAGUGCAUCCUGAAGCGCAAGGAGCAGCACGUGGCUGAGCAAAUCGCCAAGAUGAUGGAGCUGGCCAGAGAGAAGCAGGCUGCGGAGCUGAAGACCCUCAAGGAGACCUUGGAGACUGACACCAAAGAGAUGAAGAAAAAGCUGGAGGCCAAGAGGCUGGAGCGGAUUCAGGCCAUGGUCAAAGUCACCUCAGACAAGAUGGCUCAGGAAAGGCUGAAGAGAGAGAUUAACAACUCUCACAUCCAGGAGGUGGUGCAGGUCAUUAAGCAGAUGACAGAGAACCUGGAGAAGCACCAGGAGAAGCUGGAGGAGAAGCAGGCGGCCUGCCUCGAACAGAUCCGGGAGAUGGAAAAGCAGUUCCAGCAGGAUGCGCUGGCCGAGUACGAGGCCAGGAUGAAGGGCCUGGAGGCUGAGGUGAAGGAGUCAGUGAAGGCCUGCCUCAGGGACUGCUUACCCUCUGAGGCCAAGGACAAGCCUGAGAGGCCCUGUGAGGACUUCGGGGAGCUGUGUGAGCAGGACCCACUCACAGCAAAGGCGGGUGUCCAGGAGAGCCACCUCUGAUGCCCUCAUCCUACUGGGACAUUCUGUAAGGACAUUCACUCUUCUCUGGGAUGAGGCUCCAUCCCCGCAGGAGGAAAGACCCUAGCAUUCUAAGGCUGUGGGAAGUGGGGGCUCUUUUGGACUCUGGAGCUCCCUCCUCAACAGCCAGGCUAGAAGAGGAGGCGGGAACCAGGUACCCUCAGGGCAGGGGCCCAUCUGAGGUUUAGAGGUCCUCUCCAAUCUGACUUCCUACUCCAUCCUUCUUCUCUGCCUCUGACUAAGUGUCAAAUAUAAAAUUGUUGAGGGCAAAAGGAUAUGGACUAGGAGGCAGGAAAUGGGGUCCUGGCCCCACUCCACCUUCCCUAGUGUGCAGCUCGUGGUGCCCCACUCUCGACUCCUUGUCCUUACCUGGAGGGCUAGGCCUAGCUCCCUGGAACCUCCACUCUAGCGCCUCUAGGUCAAACGGGACCGAACUCCAAACCCUCCUGCUGUGAGGCCCCUUCUCAGACCUGUCCUGAGUUGGCCUCCUUGUCAGUUCCCUGAUACAGAGCCUGGCAUUACCUCCAAGCUCCCUGGGGAUGGCUGCUUCCAGGAUCCCAGGCUGAGGUCCCUUCCCUGGCCUCCUGCCUGUGGGGGAUGGGAGGCUGGCAUGGAAAAGCUGCCUCAGCAGUCUGCUGAGACAACUGGGCCUCUGGUUAGUAGGGAGGGCUAAGGAACGCCUUUGGGGCACUCUCCUAGGCCUGAGGGGGGUACUUCCUAGUAGGUACCCCCACUCAGCCUGCCUGAUGAGGUCAGGAUCAUUUUCUCUCCUGACUUUAUGAAGUUUAUUUAUUUUUCUCCUUACUCCUACUAAAGAGAACCCUGUCCCAAUAUU